AGUUGUUCGAAAACAGUUGAGAAUUGAUCUUGUUAACGUGGAAAAUUGAACUGAAAACUAUAGAAAAACAAACAUAAGAACAACUUUGACUCUUUUAUCUUCUUCUUGCCUUUAAGAAUGCUGAUAUGCAAAAGGAUAAUUUAUACGAUCAAAACAGUUGGAAAAACCGUUUGUCAAGUGUCUUUAGAACAAAAAAGAGAAAUGAAAAACAAAGGAAAACAGAGGAUAAUGGAAUGAGUCAGAAUAUUAGCGCUCAACCGAUAGAAGAUUUUUCGCAAUAUCCAUGGUUCUAUUCAGGCGUUCCCAGAGAAGUGAUUUUAGACUAUUUGUCCCAACAGGAAAUGGGAUCUUUCGUUAUAAGAGAAAGUACUUCUGAGUUGGGUUGCUACGCUCUUUCAUUGAAGGUUCCAAACUACGCAGCCGGUCCCGGCGAACCACGUUUUAAGCUCAAGCAUUACCUUAUCGACAAAUCACCUUCGGGUAAAUAUAGACUUCAGAAAGGACCUGACAAAGAAUGGGCUACUUUGGCGUCGCUCGUUACUCAUUUAACGGUUUUAAAGGAAGUGCUUCCGCUGGAACUUCGAUUGCCGAAAAUCGAUAGGAAUUUACAUAAUCAACCAACCGUCCAACCAGAAAUAAGAACAAGUCGAAGGAUAAAUAGUUCAGGUCAAUUCGAGGUUCAUAGACAAAUGAAUAAUACAGGAAUAAGUAGAGGAUUUUCUAAAUUAACUCUUGCAAAUCGUUAUUAAAAAUAAUUUAAAAAAAAAUCUGACCUUUACCUUUUCAUUUGAACUGAAUUGAAAAUAUACUGAUUUUGUUUGUUUGUUUAUUUUACACGAAUAAUCGAAUGUAUUCAUUAAUAUUCAUUAAAGUAAAUUAUAUUAUUAAAUAUAUACAAUGUUUAUAAAAUCAAUGAAAA